AUGGCUAUCCAGUACGCCGCCGUUACCCCCCCCCCUCUGCCGAAAUGCGCGGCCACUGAUAUCAGGCCUCGCAGAUACCUGAUUCUCCUAUCCCGCCAGGGCAAGGUGCGCCUCGCCAAGUGGUUCACCACCCUUUCGCCCAAGGACAAGGCCAAGAUCGUCAAGGACGUUUCACAGCUGGUCCUCGCCCGCCGAACACGCAUGUGCAACUUUAUCGAGUACAAAGACACCAAAAUCGUCUACCGUCGAUACGCCUCGCUCUUCUUCAUCGCCGGCUGCGCUUCCGAGGACAACGAGCUCAUCACGCUCGAGAUCAUUCACCGAUACGUCGAGCAGAUGGACAAGUACUACGGCAAUGUGUGUGAACUCGACAUCAUCUUCUCCUUCACAAAGGCCUACUACAUGCUCGACGAGCUCCUGCUGGCCGGCGAGCUGCAGGAGAGCAGCAAGAAGAAUGUGCUACGCUGCAUAGGGCAACAAGACUCGCUCGAAGAUAUGGAGGUCGAGGACGAGGUGACGAAGCUCAUGUAA